AUGGAUUUGGAGGGCAGCGACUCUCCAUGGGGCGAUGUUCCCUCCCACUCCCAGGCCAAUGAUGGAAAUGAGCCAGCUAAAGAGACCCAGCCAGCCGCCCAGCAGUCGUCUACAUCACUCUCCGUUCCUCAGACACCACCGGCCGCGCGAGGCCCCCGAGUACCCCGUAAGGUCAGCGCGCAGGUAGUCAAGUUAGAGCCUGCAGGAGACGUCCUUGAUCCUCUUGGGCCUCUAGGCGAGACUGCCUCGUUCUCAGCUGCAGAUGCCCAGACACAGGACCUGCGACCUGCGCCCCCGCGCAAGGAGUCGUUCACAUCUCGGAAUACCCGGCCUACCUCCUCGGCGUCGCAGACGUCUAGCGCAGCAGGCGUAACAACGCUGAUGGAAUCUGUCGAUCUUGAUGAAGACAGCCCUUCUGCGCGAGCGAAGGGCCCCCCGCCAGUCCAACCGGCACCCGCAUCGUCAACCACCGAUAAACGACAAAAUCAAAGUAUCAGCGUUGAGCAGGCUGCGAAGCCAUCAUUCUACAUUACCGUUGGAGAUCCACAUAAAGUUGGAGAUAUUACUAGCAGUCAUAUAGUUUACCAAGUUAGGACGAAAACAACUUCAAAGGCAUAUGUUCGACCUGAAUUUACAGUCACUAGACGAUACAGAGACUUUCUAUGGCUGUAUAACUCAUUACAUUCCAACAACCCUGGAAUCGUAGUGCCGCCUCCCCCUGAGAAGCAGGCAGUAGGGAGAUUCGAUACCAAUUUCGUUGAGUCGAGAAGGGCGGCGUUGGAGCGUAUGCUUAACAAAAUUGCUGCCCAUCCUACACUCCAGCAUGAUGGGGAUCUCAAGAUCUUCCUAGAGAGCGAGUCAUUUACCAUGGACGUGAAGAAUAAAGAAAAUCGCGAGCCUGAUCUCGGGCAAAGUAAAGGAAUGUUCAGCUCUCUGGGGAUAUCUGUUGGAGGCGGAGGCAAGUUUAUAGAACAUGACGACUGGUUCCAUGAUCGAAAAAUCUACCUGGACGCUCUUGAGACACAGCUCAGAGCCCUGCUAAAAGCUGUCGAUACCGUUGUAGCCCAGCGCAAAAACCUUGCAGAAGCCGCCAGUGAUUUUUCUACUUCUCUCCAUUCUCUUGCAAGCGUUGAACUGUCUCCUGCCCUCUCUGGCCCCCUCGAUGGCCUUGCCGAAGUCCAGCUUCGCAUUCGUGAGCUCUACGAGCGUCAGGCGCAACAGGACGUCCUGACUCUUGGUAUUACCAUGGACGAAUACAUUCGACUCAUCGGUAGUGUUAAGACGGCAUUCACCCAGCGUCAGAAAUCUUAUCAUUCAUGGCAUGCAGCGGAGUCCGACUUGCAGAAGAAGAAGAACACACGAGACAAACUGCUGAGGCAGGGCAAGUCACAGCAGGACCGGCUGAACCAAGCUCAUGCGGAGGUUGCGGAUGCAGAGAAAAGAGUUCACCAGUCAAGAUUACUGUUUGAAGAUUUGGGGAGAGUAAUGCGGAAUGAGCUGGAGAGAUUUGAAAGGGAAAAAGUUGAAGAUUUCAAGUCUGGAGUGGAAACCUUCUUGGAGAGUGCUGUUGAAGCUCAGAAGGAGCUCAUUGAACUAUGGGAAACAUUCCUUUUGCAGCUCGAUGCCGAUGAAGAGCCAGCUCCCGCUCACCUUACCAUCGGCGCUCCCACCUCUGAAGACAAUGGGCCAAACCCUCAGCACCCAGAAAGCAACAGUGCAUCUAGAGACCAGGAAGAGGCCUAA